GCUAGACAUACGUUAACCUCACUACGGCAGGAUGGCGCUCCGAUUGCGCAAGGAUGUACAGAAAGCGUCCUAUUACGUUUGGUUUUUGGGUGCCCAGGAAGCGAAAGCACUGCGCGGUAACCGUUCCCUGCUGCCAAUGAUACCGCGCAUGGUGGAAAAAUCAAAGGAACAGGAACCGUUGAAGGUUACGCUGCAGGUUUCACACAAAGGAUUGAAAAUUGUUCAGGGAUCGGCAAAACACUUUAUUCCGCACGGAGCCAUCACUUGCUCGGUGCAGACGGAAGACAUCGUCGCCUGUACGCUGCUGCUGUACAAUCCGGCCACCAAAUGUCCGCUGCACGUUCAUGCGUAUCGGUGCGACUCGGAGCUAACCGCACAGGCCCUGCACGAUCAGCUGCAGGUGCUGAUCAACAGACCGGAAAACCAGAAACGAUUCACCGAACUGGAAGCACGGCUCGGUUUGGCGGCCCAGCUAACCGGAGGUUCGUGUGGUACCGGUGGACCAGCACCGGGCGGUGCACUUCCGAUUAUGGAUGGCCCGGGAAGGAAGAGGAUGCCACGAAGGUUCGAAUCACCGCGUCGCUUUCCGGACUCUUCGCACGGUAGUGAUACGGGCACGGCCAGCACACGCGAGUCGGAGUGUUCCGAGGAGCAGCAACAUUCACCAACUUCUGGUCCAGUGUCUCCACUGAUCAGUCAGUCGAAGCUGUACGAUUCGCUGGCAGCUGAACUGCGGGAGAAGCUUAGUGGUGGCGUACCGCUACUGCUGCCGACGAAAGAUCCGGACCAUAAGAAGGAACCAGUGCACAGUUCUAAUGAUGCAGCAGCAAGACGAAUUCGCAACGGAUGUCUGACUGGGUCCAUCACCCCAUCGACCGGGGUAAACCAGAAGCACGGCGUAUCAUCCCGUGGAUCUUCCGGCAUUGGAUCGGAUCUGGCCCCGAGCCCGGAACGACACGAGCCGCAAAGCUCAAGCGAGGACGAAUGGGUAAACGAUCAAGAACCAACACUGAAUGGCGGCUCACACCAUCAUACUGGCGGUCGGCCGGUCGAGCGCUACCUGGACGAUCAGCCGGUAACACGCAUGAGCAAGUACCGUGACGCUCCACCACCAACGACGUACCUCUACCCAAACGUGCGUGACGAACCGACCCGUGCCCGACAUCAGCGAUCAUCAAGCCGCGAAGAGGAUCGCAGUCUGCAAGGGUCUGUCAACUCUCGCGAAGAGGAAGUGAAACCGAUCAUCACGAACCAUACGCCCAGGUACCGGAACCCGUACAAACCAGCGGACGGGUAUGGGUUGGAAGAACGCAAGAAGAAAAUCACAAUCGACGACAAGUACGUAGACGAACGUGAUGGUGGUCGAAGAAGUGGACGAUAUCCUGCGGUCGAGGAUCGCGUUGUCGAACAUCGUGGCGAUGAUGAGUUUCAGUACGGGAAGCCUCAGCCAGACACGCGACGUUACUUUGAGGAAGAGUACGAUCGUGAUCGUUAUCGUGAGAAUUUGACCGAUCGGCAGAAGUACCGAGAUGUAGCGAGCGAGGGCAGUAAAUAUCGUACCAGCAAGGAGUACGACCGUCGCGGACCGACACAGGUAGCGUACGCCGAUCGGGCUGACUAUCGCGAAUACUCACCGGAACGUAUUCCACCGACGGUUUCGGGACGGGGCAAGUACGCCCCUGCUCAGGAGCAUUUCGGUGAGCGACAGGAUUUCAAGGUAGAACGCGAAGCAUAUCACCGUUCACCGCCAAUGCACAAAACCGAUCGGAUAAGGUACGGUCAGGAGGAUGCACACGAUAGCGUUGAGAGACGGCCGAUGUAUCGAUCGAUGGCACCGGAAGAGGAAUCGUAUCGCGAGGAAAGACGUUUCGGAGGGCAUGAAGAAUCGCCGAAGCGCACCAGUUACAAGAUGGCGGACAAGUACGAGGAACGCUGGAGACAGGAAAUGUCGGCGGGUUAUGGCGAUGUGGAACCAUCGCCCGGACGGCGUUAUCAUCGUGACGAGCCGAAACACGUACAAGCACCACCACCACCGCAACCGCAACCGGACACGUGGAAACCGGAACCACGUAAGAAAUCAGUCGAGAUACGAACGAGCUCACCGGAAUCGACCAUGCACCGUAUCUCACCCAAGGAUCGCUUCCAAACGGCAAAGGAAAAAUUCCAACAGAUGGAACGCGAACGUCACGAACAAGAACGGCUCGAGCAGGAACGGCUGGAGCGUGAACGGCUGCUGCACAGUAAGCGUGCGGUGGAACAUCCGCCGGCACCACGUCGUGGUUCGCUGGAACCGGCAGCCGUCAGCUCGCACGAAAGCAAUGGUUGGAGUUCGGAUGAGGAACUCCAACCCCCGAGAGGGCAUCCACGCUCGAACGGCAGCCUGAACGGGUCGGGAGGGCAUGGAGCCAGGAUGGGAGGUCCGGCAGAUUACCGAGAACUGUCGCCAGAAGAGCGUUACCCGGGACUGGACCGUGAACCUGGACGCCGAAUGAUGCCGGCCAAGAGUCUGACGAAUCUGGUGAAAGGUUAUCGCCACAGCUAUGCAGAGCCACGUCCACCGCCUGUUUCACGUAGCAGCGGGCGGGUCGGAUUGGCGGCCGUUAAUCCGUACUAGGUGGUGGGACAGCAGCUCAAACGAUGAGUCAGUAG